AUUCAUCCAAGGACAAAGAGAGUCGAUGAACCUUUUUAUCUUCCAGGACGGUAAAACUUAAAGCUUUUUUAUAAUUAAAGGAAAGAAGAAGGAACAACCAAAACAAUAAUUUUAAAAUCCCACAUCACAAAUGUCUGACCGGAGGAAGAGAAGGAAAUCUGGAACAAAGACCAGAUCACCUGAAGAGCAAACAGUUUGUUCCCAGAAGAGUGAAGAUGAGCCAACAGGCCCCAGCGGCGUCUCUGUUAGAAGCGACAGGUCAAAGGGUCCACCAAUUAAUUUUAGAAAACCCAGAUCAAAACGUCAGAAAUUCAGCAAGGAGCUGACCAGCUGCUCAGUGUGUCAAGAGGUUGUGAAGGAUUUGAUUUAUUUUACUUGUGGACAUCCGUCAUGUAAGAAGUGUUUGGGUUUGACUGACUUACCGACGGAGUCGACCUGCCAAAAGUGUGGAGAGACAUUUAUGAAAAACAACCUUGAAGACAGAGGUAACAGUGUCUCUCUGGAAGCAAAGACGAAUCUUAAAAAAGCAAUGAAAAAUAAAUUCACUAUGACAUCUGAAGGUAAUGGUGAUCAUCACAGCUCCCUCAAAAGCAUCUACACAACCCUGUUCAUCACCACUGGAGAUAAUGAUGAACGAAAUGAGGAACAUGAAUACAGACAGCUUAGAAAUGCUCAUACUAACCAACCAUUGCACGACCAUACAGUCAACCUGAGUGAACUCUUCCAAUCGGUGCCCGUCCAGGAGAAACCCAACAGGACAGUCCUGACAAAGGGAGUUGCAGGAAUUGGAAAAUCCUUUGCUGUUCAGAAGUUCAUUCUUGACUGGGCCGAAGAGGAAACAAACCAAGAUAUUGAUUUUGUUUUCAGUCUUGCUUUUCGAGAGUUGAAUUUGAGUGUAGGAGAGAAAAGCCUCCAUGAGCUGCUGACCGAGUUUCAUCCAUCUCUCCGACCUCUGAAAGAUUCCCAGGAUUACGCCAAAGCAAAGGUCAUAGUGAUUCUUGAUGGUCUGGAUGAAAACCGAUAUCAGUUGGACUUUCAGAAAUCAGCCAAAGUAACUUCUCUUGAUGAUGCAGCUUCUGUAGGUGAUCUGGUUGUAAACCUGAUCCGGAGUAACCUCCUUCCUGAUGCAAACAUCUGGAUAACUUCCCGACCAGCAGCAGCCAGUCAGAUCCCUGCAGAGCACAUCGACAUGGUGACAGAGAUAAGGGGGUUCACUGAUGCUCAGAAACUAGAAUAUUUCAGGAAGAGAUUUGGUGACGAUUCGAGUCUCACUGACAGGAUAACAUCCCAUAUUCAAUCCUCACAAUCCCUGGACAACAUGUGCCAGAUCCCAGUCUUCUGUUGGAUUUCUGCUGUCUUAUUCCAGGAAGUCUUCAGCAGAAAUGAAGAGACAGAAAUCCCCCAGACUCUUACAGAGUUAAUGGCACAUUUUGUCUUUGCUCAGACAAAACGUAGAAGCAGAAAGUAUGACAUGAACCCUGAGGAAAACAGAGAGAAGCUCCUGGAGACUCACAGAGAAUUUCUUCUGAAACUUGGGAAACUGGCGUUUGUCCAGCUUCAAGAAAACCAACUCAUCUUCUAUGAGGAAGACCUGGAAGAUUGUGGCAUUGAUGUAGCAGAAGCAUCUAUCUACUCUGGUUUAUGUAACACUGUUCUCCAGGAAGAGGAAGUCUCCUCCCAGAAAAAGGUUUUCUUCUUUGUGCAUCUGACUCUUCAAGAGUUCUUUGCUGCUCUGCACGUCUAUGAAUGCUUGAAAACCAAGAAAACCAACGAACUUGGGAAGUUCCUUUGUGUGGAAGACAAAGACAUUCCUUCACUUGAUCUUCUAAAGAUGACAGUUGACAAAGUGCUGGAGAAGAAGAAUGGUGACUUGGACUUUUUCUUGCGAUUCCUGCUUGGCCUGAUGGUUGAACCCAAUCAGAGAAUCCUUCUGGGUCUGUUGACUCCCCUUGAUGAAUGGGAUGAUACAGACAAGAAAAUCUUAACUUACCUGAGAUCACUUCGAAGAAAAACCAUCUCUCCAGACAGCUGCAUCACCAUCUUCCAGGCCAUGACAGAAAUGAGAGAUCACAAAGUCAAAGAUGAGAUUCAGAAAUUUCUCAAACUGUCUGAUCAUUCAAAAAUGGAUCUGGCUCCUUUGCACUGCUCUGCUUUGGCCUACAUGCUGCAGGCCUCCAAGAAUGAUCUGGAUUUACUGGAUCUGAAGAGCUUCAACACAUCAGAUGUUGGUAGAAGAAGGUUGAUACCAGCUGUUAGGAGCAGCAAAAGAGCCGUGCUUGCAAAUUGCAAAGUUACAAAGGAUUGGAUGGUCCCUCUGGCCAUUGCCCUCAAAUUUUCCUACUCAGCUCUGAGGGAUCUCGACUUGAGUAACAAUGACCUGAAAGAUUCAGGAGUGGAGGUGCUUUGUGGAGGACUCUCGAGUAACUCCUGCAAACUGGAAAUCCUAAGGAUGUCUGGUUGUUUGGUCACAGAGACAGGAUGUGAUCAUCUGGUCUUGGCUCUUCAGUCCAACCCGUCACAUCUGAUGGAGCUGGACCUGAGCUACAACCAUCCAGGAGACUCUGGAAGCAAGAAACUCUCUAAGCUGAAGGAUGAUCCACAGUACAAGCUCAGAAAGAUAAACCUCGACUGUGGAGGAACUCACAGAUUGAAGCCUGGCUUUAGGAAAUAUGCCUGUGAGCUCACUUUCAGUCCUGAUGCAGAACAGGAGAAGCUGGUUCUGUCUGAAGGAAACAGAAAGGUGACCUGGAUGGAGGAUGAUCUCGAGCCCACAGAAAACUCAGGUCUCCACCAGCAGGUUCUGUGCAGUCAGGUCCUGACAGGGCGCCACUACUGGGAGCUGGAGGUCUCUGGAUCUUUGAGCAUCGGGGUCGCUCAUCAGGAGGCCCUAAAGAAAGACACAAAGAGUGAUUUCAGAAUGGGGCGCAAUAAGGAUUCGUGGUGUUUGGUUUGUUCAGAUGAUGGUUUUCAUGUUUUGCACCACAAUGACAGAGUUGACGUGUCGUCCCUUGGAAGGCGCACCAGUCGGUUGGGGGUGUAUCUGGACUGGGCUGCUGGUACUUUGUCUUUCUACAGAGUUUCCUCUGACAGUUUGAUCCAUCUUCAUACUUACACAGUGGCUUUUAGUGAUCUUCUGUAUCCUGCAGUUGAACUUUAUGCUCAGUCUUCUGCUGUAUUUUCUCCCCUAAAGUGAUUUCAUUGGGUGCUCACAUGUCUACAGUGCUGUAAAAAGUCUUCCUAUGGAUUCAUCUGUUCUUGUUUUUGUCUCUAAGCUUUCAGACCAUCAAACAGAUUUUAAAUUGGCUCUUCCAGAUUAGCGUAUCAGAUACUCGGUCAAUCCAAAAACGUCAUUUAUUUAAGAGUUAAGAGGUGAAGUUGCUGGUGAGCAUUGGGUCUUUGUUCCCCUACAGAACCAAAGAGACAAACUGAUGCUGGUCAUUUUCCUACAGAAACCAGAACUGAUGGAUCCAUCAGUUAUGGCAAAUAGUCCUUGUCCUGAAGACCUAAAGCAGCCCAGACCAUCAUACCACCACCACCAUAUCUGCCUUUAUUCUCUUACUGAAAUGCAGGUUUACACCAGAUGUGUCGGUACACACCAUCCAGAAAGUUCUGCUUUGGCUUUCCAGUCAUUUAAACAUCAUUACCUCAAUCAUUUGAUCAUCAUCCAGAUGUAUUUUGGGAAACUGUGAAAUGGUCACUUGUAAACUGUUUAGUUUUGGGAAAGUCUCUCUUAUUAUUAAGUUCUCUGACUUUAAUUGAGCCCCGUUGUGCUUUAGAUGUUUUCUGAUUUGUUUUGUAAACUUCUUGAUGUCGUGUUUGUGUUGUGAUAUUCAAGUGAUUUAUUUACAUCAGGCAAUAAUCAGGUCUCUGUGUGGUUUGUGAAACUAAGCCAAAAAACUUUGGUUAAUCAAGUUAAUUUAUGUUUUAAUAAGGGGAUAACAGGUAGGGAGUUGGUUUGGAUAACUUUGUUGUUGUUUUUUUAUAAGCAUUGUUUCUCCAAGUUUUCACGUUUGCAGCUAAAUCCUCAUAAAAACAUCCCACACUGUUCUGCUGUGUGUUAAAGUAGAACAAAGUUUACAAUUUCGUUCUAUUGGUGCUUCAUUUUUAUUAGCCAGAGUAUUUUUAUUAUCACUGGCAGAAAUCGGCUCUGGCUGAAUGGAAAGUGUGUAUUUUUUAAAAGUUUGUUCUCAUGUAACUUGGUGCUUUAGUUCAGAUUUCAGUAUCAUUAAAACCAAAAGGUGUUUUUGGAACAUGUUCUGUGCAGCAUUUAACCAGAUAACAUUUCUUUCUCUUCACAGACGUGUUCUUGAAAGAAAUGAGAUGUAAAGUUAGAAUCUGUAUCACCUCAUUCAUUUUGUACUGUGACUGUUGUAUGAGUUUUAAAACAUCUCUGGGGUUCUGACUGAUGAUUUACUGUGAUGUCAGUCUUUUUUUAAAGUGUUUUAUGGGUUCAAAAUGUUUCAUCCAAACAGUCAAAUUGUUCCAUUAAAACUCGCUUGGUGCUCCGUUUUCGUGAAUUUGUGUUUUGGUUUUGGUUUUAUAACAAUGUACCAACUUUUGUAUUUUGGGUUUGAGAUUAAAACAUUUUAAAAAUGA